AUGCAGGAACCGACGAUAUACCGUGCUCCGGUCGGUUCUGCGGACUCGGGCGAUCAGCCCAUCCUUGAUGAGAUUACGGGUUACCAGAACAUGACGGUGAUCGAUUCGGCGCCCGAAAAGAUCGAUGAUGGUUACCGGGACUUUGUCAUCCCCGAAGACAGGAAACUAGGCGUCUUCUCCACCACCCUUCUCAUCAUCAACAGAGUGGUUGGCACUGGCAUCUAUUCGACCCCGUCCGCCAUCAUAAUCAACACAGAUAACGUUGGUGCAACCCUUCUCUUCUGGGUACUGGGUGGGAUUAUGACCUUUGCCUUGUUUGUAUACCUGGAGUUUGGGACCGCACUUCCUCGUUCAGGAGGAGAAAAGGUUUACUUGGAGAGGGUCUAUCAAAAGCCAAGGUACCUGGCUACAUGCAUAUUUGCGGUUCAGUUCGUGCUGUUUGCCGUCUCGACAGGCAACACAAUCAGCUUCGCCAGCUACAUCUUCAAGGCCGCGCAUGGUGAUACCGCCAGCAUCGAUAACGGCGCGACUUCAGACUUGCGGACUAGGUUCAUCGCCCUCGGGGCCAUCACUCUCGUUUGCCUCAUCCACGCGUUCCUCCCCAAAACAGGCAUCUGGCUUAGCAAUAUUCUUGGGUGCUUCAAGCUGGUUUUAUUGCUGUUGGUCGUCUGCGCCGGCUUUGCCGCCCUGAACGGUCACGUUGCGAACCCAGCUUUGAGGCCAGACAAUUUUUCCACCUUCCAGGGCCAGGGGACCAUCAUGAGUGCCCCCGAUGCGAAAGCUGCCGGAAGUUAUGCUAUAGCUCUAUUACAAGUGCUCUAUGCAUAUAGUGGAUGGGAAAAUGCCAACUAUGUUCUCACGGAAGUUCGCGAUGCUCCCAGGACCCUCAAGAUUGCGGCGCCCAUAGCGAUUGCGACCGUUACGCUCCUCUAUGUACUGGCCAACAUUGCAUUUUUUGCCGCCAUGUCAAAGCAAGAAAUUGCCGACUCGAAGGUUAUUGUCGCGGCCGCUUUCUUCGAAAACGUUUGGGGUGAAGGCACGUUUGCCAAGCGAGUCGUGCCAGUUUUCAUCGCCCUGUCGGCGCUAGGCAAUGUCUUUGCUCAGUCGUUCGCUAUGCCUCGAGUCAAACAGGAACUCGCAAAGGAGGGUAUCUUGCCAUUCUCUAAAAUUUUCGCUAGCGACUGGCCCGUCAAAGCCCCCUCAGGUGCAAUUUUCCUGCAUUGGAUCUUUACCGUCAUUUUCAUCUUUGGGGCCGUUACGUCGGAUUCCUACACGUUUGUCACCAACGUGUUCAUCUAUACGGGGAACUGGAUCAAGCUGCUGAUCGGAGCGGGCCUUCUUUACCUCACCUUCAAGACCUCGGAGGGCUGGCGGGAGCAGCGGACAGCGUUUCGCAGCUAUCCCUUGCUUACGAUAUUCUGGAUUACUUCGCUGCUCUACAGUGUCGGCGCGCCAUUUGCACCCAACAGGAUGAUCGACUCUGUACCAUAUUGGAUCGUACCGACACUGGGGACGAGCAUGCUCGCAAUAGGAGUUGGAUAUUGGAUGGUGUGGGCGAACCUACUGCCGCUGAUUGGGUUCCAAAUUCAGCACGAGGUCAUACAGCUCCCCGAUGGCAGUGAGAGGGUUAAAUAUGUGCACGUUCCUCGACAGCGCGUCUCUCGUCUACGGAGGUCUAGGGUUACAUAGGUAUAUAUAAUUAAUAGCGGCAAUUUAUGAAGUCAUGAUCAGACGGGCCCUUUCUUCUUUAGUCCCUUUUAUAUAAAGCAAUUAUGGUAAUUAUGGCAGGCGUUCAUUAUAGCGGAAGGUAGCGU